AAUGUCAUAUGUCAUAAUUGUCAAAAUAUUACACCAACCUGACACCAACAUCGUCGUAGUUUAAGCAGCUUAAAUUAUCGUAUUUUUAAGACAAAUUAGAUCUUUUAUUGUUCUUGUAAAGAUCGCCAUGUCAGACACCGAGCUGGACGUACCUUCACCUCCAAGCCUAAAGAACGCGAAUGCAAGUGAUGGGGACUGGAUAUGUGAAGAUUGUUCAAACUUUAAUUUCGCCCGUAGAAACACUUGCAAUAGGUGUGGAAAAAGUAAGUCUCAUAGCAUAGCUGCGAGUAAUAAACGUAAGUUAGGUACUGAAAUCGGUAAAGCUGCUGCUGAAAAGAGCAGGGGUCUCUUCAGUGCUGAUGAUUGGCAGUGUAAUAAAUGCGGUAAUGUAAACUGGGCCAGGCGGCAGUCUUGUAACGUUUGCAACGCUCCGAAGUUUGGAGAAGUUGAAGAACGAACAGGCUUCGGUGGUGGUUAUAACGAUAGGGGUAUCGUAGAAUAUAAAGAACGAGAAGACUCUGAUGAUGACUACGACGAGUUUGGUAGGAGGAAAAAGCGUCGCCAUGAUUCAGAAACAGAAGAUAGAGGCAAGAAAGAGAUUAGAAAGGAGAAAACGUAUGAUGAAGAAGAGGAGGAGGACGAGGAAGAUGACGACGAGGAUCUAUCAAAAUAUGACUUAUCUGACUGGGGAGAUGCAGGUACCGAUAAAAAUAAUGAUAAAUCAAAAUCUACAUCGCGAUCUAAUUCCCCUGUUAUUAAAAAAUAAACUAUUUUUACAAAAAUUAUGUUAGGUAUGCAGUAAUAUAUAAAAUGCAUAAUCUGUUUUUAAAAUUGUAACUGUUAAAAUAUCAGUAAGUUGUUUUAUAUGUGUUGACAGGUUAAAUAGGAAAAUAAGAUUUAUUUCUAUAAUUUUAGGCAUCCAAUUUUAAAGUAAAGUAGUGUUAAACAAAUUAGUACAUGUUAAAUCAGAUCUUUAAUGUCUCUCUUCAAUCCUGAUCCCGCGGAAGAGAUGUAGUGGUCGACAUGAUGUCAUGUAUUGUCUGUCUCUAGUCAAUUCUUUUAACUCAUGCAUAGCUUUUGCAUAUUCCUGUAAUUUUAUCGGUCCAUCUUGUUGGGGAUCGUGAUCUUCAGCCUUCCACUUUUCCUUUUUUGUGUUUGCUCCCAUAGCAUGUCCAAAGUAUUUUAAUUGGUAGAGAUGGACUUUACCGGAGAGUUGUUGGCUAACUUUUAGCUCUCUUAAAAUUGAAUUAUUUGUCCUAUAGUUUGUCUAAGAAAUUCGUAACAUUUGAAUCCAGAAGAGCAUUUCAGUGGCAUCUAUCUUUCUUCUUUCCAAUUUUAUCAAGGUCUCAUCCGUAGGUCAGUAUUGGAAAUAUUAAGUAGUUAUCAACGUCAUCUUUAAUGCUCUUGAAAUUUAACAGUUCUAUAUUUUAGUCAUUUUUGCUGUGCAAUUUUUGCUAGAUCACAUCUUCAUUUAAUUUAUUCCUGUAAUUACACUGUGUUUGUGAUCAUUCAUCCCAGAUAUAAGUAUGAGCUCACAACAUUAAACCGAUCAUUCGUGGUUAUGUGUGGAUGAUUGUUAUGUAGUCUAUCCUAUAUUAUGAUAUUUGUCUUUGAUAUGUUUAAUUGUAGACUAAAUAUAUGACUUUCGUUUUCGACCAGUCGUAUAAGAUCAAUCAACUUUGCUUGACUAUUUGCAAGACCUAGAAUCAGUGCAGACCUAGUGUCAUCUGCAAAAUGUAGAAUCUUUAUUUUAUGACCAUAAUUUAUUAGAUACCCUUUCCUAUCCUUCAAGUUUUAUUCUCAUAAUAUGCUCCCCAUAUAUAUUGAAUAAUUGUGCAGAUCAAGCACUUUAACCGAUCCCAUAGUGUGUUCGUAUAGUUCAGUUAUAAGAGAAAUUAGGCAGGUGUUGUGGUACCCCUACUUCUUUUCAGGGGCGGCCCGUCGGGGUAGGCAAGGUAGGCAACCCUCUUCAAAUGUAGUACAAUAAUAUAAAUUACUUAUUUCAAAAUUGUAAUUUAUAAAUUUUGACACAAUAUCUACAAUAAAAUAGCAAAAAUUAUCCAAAUUAUUUUUAAAAAUAUCCAAAAAUUUUUCUCCGUAGUUAUAAUUAUUGUACGCUCCUUGUAGUAUCAGUAGUACUGUAUAGAUUCUAUAUUCUCCUUGGUCAGGCACUCGGGAACGUAGCCUGAAAUAGAACGACGCCAACACUGAAUUGACGUGCGAUCUCUCUCUCUGUUUACGCGAGCAGGCCUGCUGCAGGUCUGCUCGUAGCGACCGUAUUCUACGAUUUUGAACGGGCGGAUAGGCACAGAGUCUUAUAGCCGGACCUACAAAAUUUUAUCAGUUGCUUCUCUUGUGUCUUGUGAAACUGUUUUAAAAUAAUUGUUUUUUGAUUUUGGCUGUUAUUAGUAGGUUAAGUAUUGAAUAAAACUAGGUAGGACAAUUUAAAUUUGUUUAUGAAAACUGAAUAAUGUGUUAUUAGAUUAUAUAGAUAAUUAAAAAUUUAAAGCGAGGUUAAUUGUUAACUUAUCAAUUUAUUUGAAUAGUAAAUUAUUAUUUGAUACAUAAAUAAAAUAAGUAAUAUUUGACGUUGUUGAAACGUAGGUGUGUUAGUUUUAUUGGUGGAAAAACUUUAGUCAUCGAAUAUGAAUAUUUUAAACGAUGUAAUAUGCAGUUUGAUCGAGACGCCUUUUUCAAGGCGCUAAAAUCAAGAAAGAUUAGUAAUUAUUUCAAUGGGCCGGCCUUUACAAAAUUUAACAAUUUUAUUCACAGAUAAGACAAAAGACAAUCAACCAUUUUCGAGAUCGUUUAAAACAAUAUGGUAUGAAAAUCAUAAAUGGCUAAGCGGAAGUUAUUUUAAAAAUUCACUUUUCUGUUGGCCUUGUCUGUUGCUCUCAAAUUUGAAGCAAAAUGUUUGGGUGAGUCAGGGAUAUUCAGAUUUGAAAAAUUUAUGAGCUAGUGUAAAAAAACAUGAAUCUUCGAAAGAACAUUUAAAUAAUUGCUUAGAUUUAAAACGGUUAGAAAAAAAUAAACAAACUACUGACAGUGCUUUCGCUGGACAUAUUUCUCUAUCUAAUGAGAUAUAUAAUGAAGAAGUUGAAAAAGAUUGAAGAAGUUGAAGAAAUUGAUGUUACAAUUCUUUUAGCAAAACAAGAACUUACAUUUCGCGGUCGUGAUGAGAGCCAUAAUUCUUCAAACAUGGGUAAUUUUAAAGAAAUUUUUAAUUUAGUAGUUAAACGCGAUCAGGAAAUCCAGGAUCAUGUUAAAAAAUAGAAGGGGUGUUCACGGGUUUGUCAAAAACAAUACAAAAUGAUUUAAUAGAUUGUCUUGCCGAUUACGUAAAAAAUGAAAUUUCAACAGAAAUUAAUGAAAGUCAAUUUUUUUCUAUACUAGCUGACGAUACUACUGAUAUAACCGAAAAAUCACAGUGUACUUUAACAAUCCGUUUUAUUAACAAAGUUGGUCAGGUAUCAGAAAGAUUUUUAGGGUUUUUUGAUGUUAGCGAUAAUAGAUCUGCAGACGCUCUAUAUAGUUUAAUUUCAAACGUACUUGAGCCAUAUGAUUACAAAAAUAAAUUAAUUGCUCAAUUUUACGAUGGUGCAAGUGUAAUGGCUGGCUCUUUAAACGGAUUACAAUCAAAAAUUAAAGUAGAUGCUCCAAAAGCAAUUUUUACACAUUGUUGCGCUCAUAGAUUACAUUUAGUAUUGCAAGACGGCUCAAAAUGUAUUACAAACUGUAGGAUAUUUUUUGUUGCCUAACCGAAGUAUAUGUGUAGCCUACCCGCAUACUGAGGUCACGAGCCGCCACUGCUUCUUUUAAUAUUUGUCAUAAGUGUCUCCACUCUACCCUGUAGAAUCUAUCUUAUAUUGCAGUUUGCUCCUGUGGAAUUUCUCUUUGAAGGAAUGCUUUCAGUCUCUCAUUGAUUAUAUUAUAUCUUUAUGCCUAUAUUAUAGGUCUUUAAUACCCAUUUGUAUUUAAUCUUUUCAUUGAAAAAUCAAGCAGACAUAGUACACAGAUCAAAUUCUCAAACACAAAUGUCCAAAAUAAAUAUUCUCUCUUAUCAAAGUUUUGUUUACUUUUUUUUUUUUCGGAAAAAACACCCUUCAACUUGAAAUGUUAUGGGUUUGUAGACACCUAGAAGAGACCAUAGACGAGUAUUGUAACAUUUUGCUAAAAAUAAAAUUAACUUUUAAACUUUUUUUAAGGUAAUUAUGCGAUAAUUUUUGUGAUACUGUAUAUUAUGUACUUUCGGUGUACAUGAUGUCUUUUUUGUACUUUUAGGGAAAAUAAAAUUUGAAAUAUGAUAAUAUUUAUAUAAAACAGGAAUGUUUUUGGUAAAAAUCAAAUAAAUUGAUAUAUUCAGUUUACAUAGAUGUGUAAAUUCAUUAAAUUUUAUCAAAAGUAUUCCUCUACUCUAAUGUAUUAAACCUUGUUUUCUCUAAAAUUACAACAAUUUAUGUAUACUCCAACUAUCAUUUACAUAAUGCCCUCAUUACAAGUUCUUAAGCAAAAUAUCUUAUUUUCCUAUUGCCACUUUUGUCUAAAUUGAAUAUUUUUAAAACUAUGCCUUCAACUAGUCCGUUCUUUAACGGUAAAAUAUUGCAAAAUCUCUAAAUUUUAAAGAACCGCUUGGAUUGACAUGAAAUUUGGCAUACACAUAGCUAACAAGUCAAAGAAAAAAAGUGAUAUUGUGCCGAUAUGUGCUUUUGCCCUGGGGGUGGUUUUCACCCCCUCUUGGGGGUGAAAAAAAUAUUCGUCCAAAGAAAGUCAGGAAAUGGAUAAACUGGCUAAUUUUAAGUAACUUUUGUUCUAUAGAGUUUUUUCACUAAGUCAAUACUUUUCGAGUUAUUUGGCAGUGAAUAUGUUAAUUUUUUCAACAAAAUAACCACGCUUUUAGACGGUUUUUCGCAAAUAACUCAAAUAGUAAGUAUUUUGUCGAAAAAACAUUCUUAGCAAACAUAUAGCCUGUAAAAAUUUUUAAAAAAUGGUGUAUAUAUCACGUCUCUACACGUAGUAGAAGCAUAGUUAUAGCUAAUGAAAAAUAGGUUCAUAUUCGUCAAAUUCCCAAUGGAAUACUUUAACGUGAAAUAACCAAAAAUGAAGCACAGUUCAGGGAAAACUCAUUACAAAUUAUUUAAAGUGUUUAAAAAAAGCUUCAUUUUUGUUUUAUAAAAAAAAUUCUAGCAUCAAAAUUAAACAAGUUACGCUCAAGAUAAAGUUAGUCCCUUUUGGUUUUGGUAAAAAAAUCGAGAAAAUCACCCCCUAAUUAGUAUCUUAAAUGAACUUAAUCGUUACGACUUCACAAGUUUCUUGACUCGUGUAUAUAUUGUUUAUAUAAUCUGUAAGUUUCAUCGGUUCAAAGUCCUUAUUAUUGAAAGGACUGUAGUUGAACGAGUCAUUGAUCACGAAUGUAUGCAAAUUUAGAAACACCAAAUCUUAAUCAAUUUUUGUCUAACAGAAAAACAAAAAAAUAUAUGAUAUUCAGAAAAGCAAAUCUGACUUUUUUUGUUUUUCGAGAUUUUUGGUAUCUCUAACAAUUUUUAAGUUAUUUUGAAAAAAAAGCAUAUUUUUCAAAAUUGAAAUUUUUAAAAAUUUUACUUUGAAACCAAAUUUUUUCAAAAAUAAGCACUUUGAAUCGAUAAAACUUACAGAUCAUAUAAAGACAAUAUAAGUAAAAUAAUUUGUGGAGCGGUAACGAUUAACUUUAUUUAAGUUGCUAAUUAGGGGGUGGUCUUCCCGAUUUUUUUUUUGCAAAAACAAAAGGGCCCAACUUUGUUUUGCGCGUAACUUGCUUAAGUUUAAUGCUAAAAACUUUUUGUAAAAACAGAAAUAAAGCUUUUUUUAAACACUUUAAAAAAGUUAUAAUGGGUUUUCCCCAAAAAGUGCUUAAUUUUUUGGAUAUUUCACGUCGAAAUAUUCUAUUUGAAAUUUGGUGAAUAUGAAUCUAUUUUUCAUUGGCUAUAACUCUGGUUCUAUGAAAUUCAGAGACCUAACGCGUACACCAUUUUUUUUUACUUUUUUAUAAGCUAUAUUUUUGCUAAGAACGUUUUUUUCGACAAAAUACUUACUUUUUGAGUUAUUUGCGAAAAACCGUCUAAAAAUGUGGUUAUUUUGUUGAAAAAUGAACAUAUUCACUCGCAAAUAACUCGAAAAGUGUUGACUUGGCGGAAAAGCUCUAUAGAACAAAAGUUACUUAAAAAUAGUCAGUUUACCCAUUUCCGGACUUAUUUUGGACAUAUAUUUUUUCACCCCCAAGAGGGGUUGAAAAUCACCCCCAGGGCAAAAGAACACAUCGGCACAAUAUCACUUUUUUUCUUUGACAUGUAAGCUAUACGUAUGCCAAAUUUCAUGUAAAUCCAAGCGGUUCUUUAAAAUUUAGAGCAAAAACCGUGAACGAAUGGACUAAACCAGCUAUCACCUUGUAAACCUUAUGAUAUUUCAUUAAUUGUUUUUAUAUCCAUUUUAAAUUUUGUUGUGUGCUGUUUUUUUUAGAAUUUUUAAUGAUGUUUUUCGAUUACAUUUCAUUGUAUAAGGUAAUAGUAGUAAAAUAGCAUAUACAGUGGUCCUAGAACAAAUAAUCCCUGUACAAAAAUCGCCACAAUUAUUCCUGGACGAAAAAUCCACAGACAAAAGAUCCCACAAAUAAUCCCCGGACAAAUAAAUGCUGGACAAAAAAUCCCCAAGAAAUAUUUGCUGCCGAAUAGUUCUCAAAAGUUUUCACAUGAACGCAAUCGACGAAAAUGUUUUUCAACCUCAGUGUGUGAGAGUAUAGCAAUCGCCUGAAACCGCUCGAGCCGAAGGCGAGUGAAAUUAUGUCCAAAGUGUCACGAGGGCAAAAAUUCUAUAUUAAUUUUAGAGAUCGAGUGCAAUUUGUUGCGAUUAUUUCAUGAAUAAAACUGUUCAAAACCAAAAUUUUAUUGUAAUUUAUUUAUAUAAGUACAAAUUAGUACAAUUAAACACACAGUUGUUAUAAAUAUUUUACGGUUGAAAGUCAUCACUUUUAUAAUUUUUAAAACAUUAAUUGUCAUUAAUGUCACUGAAUGUAUUUUUUCGUAGCAACGAAGGGCACCUGACGUAAUAUACUUGACGACGGGAAAUUAUCAAAAAUUAUCAGUUUAAUUUAGAUUUCUGUAGCUUUCUAUUGGUCAGAAUCUCCUAUGAAUGAAAUAAUCAGGUUUAAUAUCACAAGAGAGUGAGAAUAAAUUGAAAAUAAUGUGACAGUUUUUUUUCUGAAAAUAAAAUUAUAUAAUAAAUAUACUUACAAUCAUAAAAUGUAUAAAAAAAAAUAAAAAAAAAAAAGAAUGUGUGUGUACUUCGUACGCACGUAAGAAGUUAUACUUCUAUUAUAUGAUUUAAACGAAAUUAAUAUACUUUUUAUUUAUAUUUUGUUUAAAUAUUAAACUAAUUUAUACUUACUACUUCUCAAACAUUUUUAUUAGAACAGUGCCAAAAAUUAAAAUAAUAAAAGAAUAAAACACACACAAACACAUUAUAAACACAUUAUUAAACAAGCCACAAAUGAUGUCUGAACAUUAAUUGUCGAAAAUUUUUUUAACUAAAUACGUAUUUUCUGAAAAUACAAUUAUAUAAUAAAUAUACUUACAAUCAUAAAAUGUAUUAAAAAAACAAAAAAGAAAGUUUCUAUUGGGACUCGAACCAGCGCUGAUCAGCGCGGUUGGUAUUGGAAUUCAUUCGCCUUCUACGCUUAGCCACGGACAUUAUGUGUCAUUAUUUACGAAGAUCGACUAACUAAACGGAUUAAACUUGUGAUAUUUUGAUAUUUUGAAAAUUGAUCAAAUUAUUUUAAUUUUGAAUUGAAAUGAUUUAGAAUUGAAAAAAUACAACAAAACAUAGAGUAAAAAAACAAUAUAUUAGGUGAAUAUUGAUAGAAAUUUUGAUGGUAAUCAAAUUAUAUAAAUAAAAGUAUUACAUACUAUGUAUUUUGGCAGAUCAAAUAGGUAGGUUUAUACCCAUGAUACAUUAACAAUUAUUACGUACCUGUUGCUUUUAAAAACUAUUUAAAAGUCACUACAAUAUUAUAAACUUUUUUGUUUCUGUCCUCACAACAAUAAAACUAAUAUAUUAUACAUUUGUUUACCUUUACCUUUACCUCCAAACCACAGCUGUCCUACAGCUGCCAUAUCGGAUAAUUUUUGACAUGGCAUUUGAACAUCCAAUCAGAACAAAGUUAUAAUGCGCAUGCGCCGGGCUGAUAGGUUUUAACAUAUAAAAAUUCACCCUCUAUCGCCGGUAAAGAAGUAUAACUUCAAUAAAAGUUUUUAUUCGCCACGGAGGCAAUGUGUCAUUAUGUGCGAAGAUCGACUAACUAAACGGAUUAAGCUUUUGACAUUUUUGAAUUAAAUUAAUUAUUUUGAUUUUGAAUUGAAAUGAUUUAGAAUUGAAAAAAUACAACAAAACAUAGAGUAAGAAAACAAUAUAUUAGGUGAACAUUGAUAGAAAUUUUGAUGGUAAUCAAAUUAUGUAAAUAAAAGUAUUACAUACUAUGUAUUUUGGUAGGUUCAAAUAGGUAGGUACCUAUGAUACAUUUACAAUUAUUACGUACCUGUUGCUUUUAAAAACUAUUUAAAUGUCACUACAAUUAUAAACUUUUGUGUUUCUGUCCUCACAACAAUAAAACUAAUAUAUUAUACAUUUGUUUACCUUCAUAUUGAACAAUUAUUUAUUAUUGACAGAUCAUUUCAACACCCAAUCAGAGCCCGUAUAACGACUAAUACCAUACUGUCGGUGUGCGCAUGCGCGCAGAUCAAUAUAAAUUCACCCUCAAUCUCAAUCGCGCCUAAAGAAGUAUAACUUCAAUAAUCAUUGUAAUGCAAAAAAAACCUUUCGUUUCAGAUUGUUUUCAGGACCAGCAGUUAUCAUCACGAAUGGGCAAUGGUUUGAACAGAAUUAUUCAAAGCAGAAUUAGAAAAAGAUUUAAGCGAAUAAUUACAACAUGAUUCCCACAGCCUCAGCUCAUUCCCCAUAUUUUCCACGAUUUUUUAAAAAACUCGCUCUUUUGUCAUGUAAAAUUUAAAGUUGUCGGCAUAGAAUUGGAAUUUGAAACUUGGUAAUCAGAAAUUACAAUUCAUGCUUAAUCUGAAUUGCUAAUAAUUAUUUUCAUGACGAAAAGCGGUUUCAUGGUGAUUGCUAUACUCUCGCGCAUUAAGGCUGAAAAACAUUUGCGUUCACGUGAAAACUUUUGAGAAGUAUUCGGCAGCAAAUAUUUCUUAGGGAGUUUUUGUGGGGCUUAUUUGACCGGAAUUUUUUGUCCAGGGACUAUUUGACCUAACCCCUAUACAGUGCCCUAAAUAUUUUUGUCAAUCAUGCUUUUAAAUUGCACUGAGUGUAGAGUUGUAAUGAAUACAAGAUAGACUGUUGCAUUUUGAAAAUUAGGGGGGGGGUGAAAAAUCUUCAAAAAUUGCGUUACGGAGUGCGUUACGUAGGGGGGAGGGGGGGGGUAAAAAAUCUUCAAAAAUCGCGUUACGUAAUACUUGAACGCUCCCAUACGUUGUGAAAUAAAAAGAGAUGAAACUAGUAGAGGUACAAAAUUUAGCGAUAGAAACCUAUAAGUUUACAUUAUAUUGAUUGUUUCCCACCUUUAGGCGCAUCCGACGAGUUUGGCAACUGUCACUGUGACAGUUUUAGUUGACAUACUCCUCUGGUACCUCUAAUAGGUGGGAAACAAUCAAUGUACUAUAAAUUUAUAGGUUUCUAUCGCCAAAUUUCCCACCUUGAUUUUGCUGGUUAUUAGCGUGAUGAUCACUUUAUACGCAUUCAUUUUAGUUAAAGAAAUACAUUUUUCAUUGAUAAACUUUUCUGACUUAGUAAUAGAGGUUUUCUUAAUUGAACAUUAGAUGCAGCAGUUUUAUUUUGUGUAAUCUAUAAUGUUAAUUGUAAUUACAUAUUUUACUUUGUUAGAUUUAUAUACAUCUGCUUUCUAUAAAUGAGAAAAUAUCAGUUAAUCAAAAAAAUAAUAUUUUACAGGUUUGUCAAAAGUAUGGAAGUUGUUUAAUAAGUUUAAAAUAAACUUAUUCAAGUUAUGUUGAGAAAUUUUUGUAUUCCAAUCAAAACAUUGAAACUAAUUGUGUAGUAGCUGUAAAGUUUGAUUAUAAAUAGUUAAUAGAUA